UAUAUAAAAGUCGUAGAUUUUUCUAAAUAUGUAUCAGUUACUGGUUGGGCUUAGGACAAAGCUAAACAAACCUCAACACAAAAUGUACUCGAAGGUGCUUUGCCUCGCUACCCUUCUGGCUGUGGCUGCCGCUCACUAUGGUCACUCAUCGCAGUACAUCUCUCGCCACGACGGGCCGGCGCAUCUCGUGCCCAUCCACGGACACCAUGGCCAUCAUGACCAUGACUACUAUGCUUACCCUAAGUACGAGUUCGAGUACAAAGUAGACGACCCGCAUACCGGUGACCACAAGACCCAGCACGAGCACCGCGAUGGUGAUGUCGUCAAGGGCUUCUACAGCCUGCACGAGCCCGACGGUUCCAUCAGACACGUCCACUACCACGGCGACAAGCACACCGGAUUCCACGCUGACGUUAAGCACAGCACCCACCACAUCGUGCCCCAUCAUCAUCAUUAUUAAAAUACCAACGAUUUUGUUUUUAUACUGUUUCUAUUUGUGUUCGACUUUGAUAUGUUUAUACCAAAUAAAAAAUAUUAACAUUUGAA